ACGCACAGCGGCACCCGGGCGUACUCGCAGGUGGUGGGCGCGCCGUCUCCGCUGUCAUUUGUGUGUGAGCUGCUCGCGUACGCUCCACUCCCACCCUCUCCGGUUGUGGAUAACUUGCUGCUUUCCUACCGCACCAUGACCCUGGAGGAAGUCCGCAGCCAGGAUACCGUUCCGGAAAGCACUGCCAGGAUGCAGGGUGCCGGGAAGGCUCUACAUGAACUGCUGCUGUCGGCGCAGCGCCAGGGCUGCCUCACUGCCGGCGUUUACGAGUCAGCCAAAGUCCUGAACGUGGACCCUGACAACGUGACCUUCUGCGUGCUGGCCGCGGACGAGGAGGACGAGGGUGACAUAGCGCUGCAGAUCCACUUCACCCUGAUCCAGGCGUUCUGCUGUGAGAACGACAUCGACAUCGUGCGCGUGGGCGAUGUGCAGCGGCUGGCGGCUAUCGUGGGCGCCGGCGACGAGGCCGGCGCGCCGGGCGACCUGCACUGCAUCCUCAUUUCGAAUCCCAAUGAGGACACCCGAAAGAACCCAGCCUUGGAGAAGCUCAGCCUGUUCUGUGAGGAGAGCCGCAGCGUCAACGACUGGGUGCCCAACAUCACCCUCCCCGAGUGACAACCCAGACGGGACCUUGGUCUGAUCGACAUGGUAACGCCCCAGGGCGCCUAGUGCGCGGCUGGCUCUGUGGAGGGGCCCUCGGAGGGCGCCCGAGUGCGCGUGGAGACUGGCAGGCAAGGGGGCGCCUGGAGAGCGAGGAGGCGCGUCCUCCCAAGGAGGGGGCCUGGCGGCGGCAGGAACAGACUGAUCCGAGCUGAGGACUCUGCAAAGCGUCCGGAGCGGCUGCUCGCCCAGGAAGGCCGAGGCGGGGACAUUGGCCGCAGGGCCGGGAAGCACCGACUGGCCGGGCAGGCGUGACUCAGCAGCCUGCGCACGGCAGGAAGGAGGGGAACGGCGCCGUGGUCUGGACUUGGUACAGUUGCAGGAGCCGCAACGGACUUAGCAGACUGCGCUGCUUUUUCAAAACGGAUCCAGGCAAUGCUUCGUUUUUCUCAAGGAUGCUGCUGUUGAAGCUUUGAAUUUUACAAUAAACUUUUUGAAACAAA